GGCAGUGACCGUGAGAGCGAGCGCGUGCCGCGGGACCCUGCUGGUCGACAGAGUGACGAGCGUGCAGCCGGUGCAGCAUGCUGGGCGGGAUGAAGGCGCCGUUCCACCUUGCCGCUGGAAGCGAGGCGGCCAAAAAACUCGGCGUGGAGAAGAUGAUCGACUUCGGUGACGUCAAGUCGGAGCCGGCAGUGUGCGCCGCCUGCCGGGACCCCAUCAGCGACCGGUACCUGCUGCAGGUCAGCGAGGCCAGCUGGCAUGUGGCCUGCCUCCGCUGCUCCGUCUGCGGCGCCUCGCUCGAACAGCACCAGUCCUGCUUCAUCAAGGGCGACGACGUCUUCUGCAGGGAGGACUACAUCAAGUCGUUCAGCGUGUCGUGCGCCAAGUGCACGCGCUGUAUCACCGCCUCGGACUGGGUGCGCCGCGCCAGGAACAACGUCUACCACCUGGCCUGCUUCGCGUGCGACGCCUGCAAGAGGCAGCUGAGCACCGGGGAGGAGUUUGGUCUACAUGAUAACCGUGUGCUCUGCAAGGCGCACUACCAGGAGAUCCUGGACGGCGGCGGCACCAGCAACGACGAGAGCGAGGACGGCAAGACGGGCGCGCGGCACAAGUCGAAGCGCGUGCGCACCACGUUCACCGACGAGCAGCUACAGAUACUGCAGGCCAACUUUGAGCUGGACUCGAACCCGGACGGCCACGACCUGGAGCGGAUCGCCCAGGUUACCGGUCUCACCAAGCGGGUCAUCCAGGUGUGGUUCCAGAACUCGCGCGCCAGGCAGAAACGCUACCAGAACGGCAUGAAGGUCAAAGGUAACUUUGUCAGUCACCAGGGCCUGCCGCCGAGCAGCCAGGGCCUGACGCCGCCCAAGCUGGACUACCAUUUGUCGUUCGCCAUGGCUCCCACCGCCGACGUCGAAGGCUCCGGCCGAGGGAUGCUGGAACCACUCCUUCAUCUCGAUCCUGAGGAAAAGAUCUGAGUCUCGGCGACUGUCGUCAUUCAGCUGGGGCGGAGAACCCGUACAUAAGCUUUACACCGCGGAUGCUGGGCUCGCUCGUGGCGCCAGUACCCUUCAGAGGUCGGCGGGACGGCGCAUCGCACGGUCAGACACCCUGGAGGAGUACCUCGCUCCGUAACAGACUCCGGGCUCAGCAAUCAGCAGCGUUGCCACCAGACGGGGAGCGAGGUCGCCGGUCAGGUACGACCGACCCGGACUACAGCGCGGCGCUGGAGGUCCGAGACCAGUACCUUUCAGUUUCCAGUGGUGACUGCAACAUUGGCUGGUGUAGGGCGGCCUGAACUGAAGUGAAAUAACUGAUGGAAAGUGAACGAUGCUGAGACACACUCACCUGUAACCCUUACUCGAACAGGCAGCAGCACAUCAUAGACGAGCUGCACUGACGAACAAACCACUGCGAAACGGACGUUCGCAAUCACCUUACAGAUACAUUCCAUAUGGAAGUGAUAAUAACUAUAUAAUGUGGAGUAUUGACAAUGUUUGUAUCAAGUAGUCUAUGCUGUAAAUAUUUUUCUCUCUCGACAAUUUAUGUUUUAUUUAUUUAUACGACUGUUAUGGUUGCAGCGUUUCCUUGCCAAAAUCAUCGAUAGUCGUAUGUACUGUGAUCGGCGUUGUUUAGUUUUGUUCUGCAUGUCAGCCCGCUUUCAUAUGCCGAAGGUAACUCCGCUCACAAAUGAGUCUGUUUUCAAUAACAACGCUUUUAACAGCUCUCGCGGGCUAGCAAUAUUGCGGCGUUGUGUCCGGUUUCGGUGUUCGCUAGUGCACGUGCGCACGUGCACGGGUGAGCGCCGGGUGACAGGGGGUGAGGCGCGGUCCGCUCACUCAGCCGUGUGGCCGCCCUGCCCGGUGUAGUCUCACGCGUUAUUGGCGUGGGCCUUACGGCGUUCCUAUUGUUGUUCUGGUGGGGUUGUAGAGUGGCUCAUUGACGGAGAAAGGAAUAUAUGUGCUUGUAUGUUUU